AUGGGGAAGCGCAGCGUCCCCCGCUACCCCGAGGACGAGGACAAAGGCGGCGGCUGCUGCUGCUGCCUGCUCGGGUGCUGCUGCUUCUUCUUCCUCAUCCUCUUGUCGUUGUUCGCCGGCGUAGCCUACCUCUACUACGCAUACAACCCCAAGCCGCCGUCCUACUCCAUGAGCAACAUGGCCAUCUCGCAGUUCGAGUUCAGCUCCUCCGACCUCACGCUCUACACCAAGCUCGUCGCCAGCGUGCGCGCCGAAAAUCCCAACGAAAAGAUCAGCAUCAAGUUUGACGAUGGCUCCCGCACCGUCGUCUCCUACCGCGGGACGCCGCUGUGCUCCGGCAAGAUCCCAACCCUCGUACAGGGCCCCAAGAACAUCACCGUCAUGGAGAUCGCCAUGGAGGGGCGGCACGGGUUCGGGUCCGGCCUACAGGAGGCGCUCGAGGAGAGCGAGAAGGAAGGCAACGUGCCGCUCGACAUUUACGUCAGCGUGCCGGUGCAGCUGCAGUUCGGGGUCUUCGAUUUGCCGCGGAUCAAGGUGAACGUGCACGCCGCUCUCGUCGUCGACAGCCUCUCGCCCAAGAAGAAGCCUACCAUCAAGUCGGCCACUUACCAGGGCAACGUAGAGUUGGUCUGA